AUGAAACAACCGCCAGGGUAUGAAGAUCCCAUGCAUCCAGGUCACGUCUGCCAUCUCCAACGCUCUCUAUAUGGUUUGAAACAGGCUCCCCGUGCCUGGUUCAAACGGCUGCAUGAUUUCUUACUCUCUACAGGGUUCGCCUCAUCCAAGACGGAUGUCUCUCUUUUCCACUACACCGCUGGUUCAGCUCGGGUCUUUUUAUUGGUGUAUGUGGACGACAUAAUCAUGCUGGGUAAUGACGCCGUACUAAUUGACACUCUCCUUAAACAGCUAUCCACGAUGUUCAAGAUUCGAGACUUGGGGACACCUGGGUUCUUUUUGGGCAUUGAAACAGGGAAGGUAAACGAUGGUAUGCUUCUCUCGCAGCAUCACUACAUGGGUGAUAUUCUCACACGUGCAGGAAUGAUGGACUGCAAGCCGUUGGCCACUCCUGCUGCUGUUACCCAGGCUGUUUCUCUAUCUGCGCAACCAUUUGAAAAUCCUACUCAAUAUCGUCGCAUUGUGGGGGCUUUACAGUAUUUGACGAUUACUCGUCCCGAUUUGUCCUAUGCAGUCAAUAGACUGUGUCAGUUCAUGCACUCGCCGACUGAAGACCACUGGAGCCUGCUAAAACGAGUUCUCCGUUAUGUCAAGGGUACUCAAGACUAUGGGUUGCGUCUAUCACCGUCGUCAUCAACUGACUUACAUGCCUUUUCAGAUUCGGACUGGGCCGGAUGUCCAGUUGAUAGGAAAAGCACGAGUGGUUAUGCUGUCUUUCUAGGCUCCAAUCUCAUUUCAUGGUUAUCCAGAAAACAGCGAACAGUUGCUCGCUCGUCUACCGAGGCAGAGUAUAAAGCUCUUGCUGAUGUUUCCACGGAAGUCACUUGGGUUGUUUCUCUGCUCCGGGAACUUGGGUUACACUCCGGUCAGCCUUCUACUUUUUGGUGUGACAAUUUGGGCGCCACAUAUCUCUGUGCCAAUCCGGUCUUUCAUGCUCGUACAAAGCAUGUUGAAAUAUAUUAUCAUUUCGUACGAGACAAGGUAGCCUCCGGUGACUUCAUUGUUAACUUUGUUUCAACAAAAGAUCAACUGGCAGAUAUCUUCACCAAACCGCUUCCGGGUCCUCGCUUCCAGACUAGUCAGCUUAGAAUAGUCUAUUAG